CAGGCAGGCAGCACAGGCAGCUCAGCUUCACCAGGAGCCUCAGCAGCAGGUCACAGCCAAAGGAUGAACCUUUCCACGGGCAUCAUUUUCUGCUUCCUGAUCCUGGGUGUCAGCAGCCAGGGAUUGGGGACAUUCCUUAGGGAAGCUGGUCAAGGGGCUAAAGACAUGUGGAGAGCCUACAGAGACAUGAAAGAAGCCAACUACAAGGGUGCAGACAAAUACUUCCACGCCCGCGGAAACUAUGAUGCUGCCCAGAGGGGACCGGGGGGUGUCUGGGCUGCUAAAGUGAUCAGUAAUGCCAGAGAGACUAUUCAGGGGAUCACAGACCCUCUGCUCAAGGGUAUGACCAGAGACGAGGUACGGAAGGAUUCGAAGGCCGACCAGUUUGCCAACGAAUGGGGCCGGAGCGGCAAAGACCCCAACCACUUCAGACCUGCUGGCCUGCCUGGCAAGUACUGAGCUGCCUCUCUCUCUGCUCAGGAGACAGGGCUGUGAGUCCCCAGGGGCAGGGACACUGACCUAGAGAGUUCUGUGUCCUCAGAAAGCAGCAGAUCUAAUAAAUGCUUAAGAGAUGGAA